CCCUCUCCUGACGCAGACAGACGGACGGACGGAGGCAGGAGGCAUAUGCUGAAGCAAACAGUUGUGCGCUCGCUCUCCGAUGUGAGCCGAAUUCAGAAAAAAACGAGUUCUAUUCCAGUACGGUGGAUCCGUUUUUUUUUCUUCUGUUAUGCGAGUGGAUUUUCUUUGGAAGGAAUACCGUUUUUAUUUGAAUAUAAACUAUAAUUAUUUGAAUUUUUUUACCCCGUUAUAUCGAGCUGCAGUGAACUCCGGAAGAGUUGAUAAAGGACGCACAGUCAGGAUGUCCCAUAUCUCCGUUAACGACCACCUGGAGGGCAUUUUAUCAGACUUCGAAGCUUUGAAAAGAUCCUUCGACGUCGAUGACGUGGACGAGCUUCCUCCCUUCUCCCCCUCCUCCCCCGUUCCCUCCCCCCUCUCCUCCACCUCCCUCCUCAACAAGACCAACGAGGGUCGAGGGUUCCCCACCUCCAGCCACGGCUCCCCUGCCUUCCGCUCCCGGAUCAGUCUUGGUACCAACCCCAGCCCCGCCCAGAGCCCUGUAUUCAAGUCCCGUAUGGUCUCCAGUCUCUCCUUCAACAGAGCCAUGAACAGACCCACCAUCAACAACAAUGGCGGCAGCUCCGGAGGCAUCGCCAGAGCCUCUUCUUUCCAGAACAAGUUCAACCCGAAGGGUUUCUCCUCCUCUCUCUCUGGCCCAGGCAGCGACAACGAUAGUCUCCAUAGCUCCUCUUCUAGUCUGGAGUAUUCCAUCCAGGGAGGUGGAGGAGAAGGAGGAGGAGGAGGGGUACCUCCAGGCAAGCCAGGGUCUCUGUCCUACUCCACUAGCCCGCAGAUGGAGCAGCGUCCCGGGCAGCAGCGUGGCGUGGGCCUGGGGAUGGGGAAGCGGUUCUCUUCCCAUGGGAGUGUGUUUCACUCUGAGCUAGAGGGGCCUAUGGGGCUGGGAGCUCCAGAGCCCAGGGGGGUCAGCCACGGAUCCAUGCCCAGUCUGGACCUCCAGAUCGGGGAAGGAGGAGGCGGGGUGAUGGGGGUGCGGGGGGCUGGAGGUGGAGGGGUGAGGUAUGGCAACGCCAAUGUCGGUUUGAAUGGCGGAUCGCAGCGCCAUUAUAACACCAGUCCCUUUGGCAAGGAAGGAUGCUACACACCCAAUCGGAACCACAGCAGCUACCAGGCCCAGCCCAAACCCAAAGAGACCCAGCGUCUCAAUAAGUUCCCCCUGGAUCUAGACAGUCUGGUGGGGGUGAAGACGCCCCAGCCCAGCCCCCAUCCUCCCCCCUCGUCUGACCCCCCUAAACCUCCCCUCAGAGCCCAGUAUCCCAGCAGCCUCUCUGUCUCAGCUAGUCCCUCCCUCAGCAGUCUAGACAGCUCCGGUGGUGACCUCACUCCUCUUCCCUCCGCCAACCACCACCUCUCCUACAACAACAACAACCCCUCCCUCCCCCGCUCUCCCCCACCUACCUCCCCCCCGGGGGCCAAGCCUGUCCCUAAGGUGAGCCAGUCCCCUGUCCCCCUGUCCCCCGCCCAGACCCCCCAGCUCAACCUGCUCUCCCCCAGACCUCAGGUAGGACACCUGGCCCUCUCCACCCCCCUGCCACUGGAGCACACCCAGCCACAGGAAAUGAUAUCAGAGAGAGAAAGCGUGGGUUCCAUCCUGCAGAGGAUCGCUUCCUUCUCCCGUCCCGAAGCCAUGACGACCACCAGGGUUCCAAGCGCCGCGGGUGUUCUGAGCGGGGUUGCCCUUAGCAACGGGGUGAAGAAGGAGAGCCCGCCACGGAUGAUGCGUCAGGAGCGUGUUUCCUCACCUCCACCAUCACCUCUACCUGUGGCGGUGCAGAGACAGGGGCUAAAGAGAGUGCAAGACACAACUAAGGUGCUGGAGCAGGAGAUACCCGCCUCGAUGGAGGACAGAGGGAUGGAGGAAGUGAAAGCAGUAGAAGACAAAGCAGCAGCAGAGAAAGCUGUGGAGGAGAGAGUAGCGCAGGAGAAGACAGAGGACAGCACAGCGCAGAAUAAAGGGACAGAGGAGAGAGAGAUGGAGGGAGAAGUCAACGUAGAGAGAGAGAUAGAGGUAGAGGUUGUGACCCCUUGCCCUACAGAGAGCCAUGGUCUCCAGGGAACCAUUAAAGGUCAUGACCUCUUCGGCUAUGUGGGCAUCGAGGCUGUUCUGGACCAGAUGAGACGCAAGACCAUGAAGGCUGGCUUCGAGUUCAACAUCAUGGUAGUGGGUCAGAGUGGACUAGGGAAGUCUACCCUGGUCAACACUCUGUUCAAGUCUAAAGUCAGCCGCAAGUCCUGCAGCCCGAACUACGAAGAGAAGAUCUCCAAGACUGUCAAACUGCAGUCCGUCAGCCAUGUGAUAGAGGAGAAGGGAGUGAAGAUGAAGCUCACAGUGAUUGACACUCCAGGAUUCGGAGACCAGAUAAACAACGACAACUGUUGGGAGCCUAUAGUGAGUUAUGUUAAUGAGCAGUAUGAGAGGUACCUGAAAGAAGAGCUGUACGUCAACAGGAAGCCGAGGAUCCCUGACACACGAGUCCACUGCUGUGUCUACUUCCUGCCUGCCACCGGACACUGGUUACGUCCCAUAGACGUGGAAUUCAUGAAGAGACUGGGGAAGAUAGUCAGCAUCGUACCGGUCAUCGCUAAGGCAGACACACUCACUAUGGAGGAGAGACUAGAGUUCAAACAGAGGAUAAGACAGGACCUGAAGGCCAAUGGGAUCCGAGUAUACCCUCAGACUGAGAACGACGAAGAUCCAGAGGACAGGAUCCUCAACGACAAGAUCAGGGAAAACAUUCCGUUUGCGGUGGUGGGGACAGACAAGGAACACCAGGUAAACGGGAACAAGGUCCUGGGCAGGAAAACCAAAUGGGGCAUCAUAGAGGUUGAAAACGUGGCGCAUUGUGAGUUUACCAACUUGAGAGAUCUGCUGAUUAGGUCCCACCUGCAGGACCUGAAGGACGUGACCCACAACAUCCACUAUGAGACAUUCCGCGUCAGGAGGCUGAACGAGAGUAACCUGACCGUCCACGGUCUGGCCCUGUCCUGCUUUCCAAUGGAGAACGGGACCCACGGAACCAACGGAACCAAUGGAACCUCGGACAGGAGUGACUCAGAGAGCCACCUCUGAGGGGGACCACAGAGUGCGUCGCACACAGCAGCAGCUCCAGCUUCCUGCUCACAGCUUCCUGUUUCCUGUUUUGACUGCAAAAUGGUUGGUCGACUGUUUCCCCCAAACGGAACACGAGAAAGAGAGCGAAUGAAAGAAAGAGGAGCUUUUUUUUAACAAAGGAGAGAUGUUUUCGGUGGCCAUCACACCUUGGAUUUUGAACAUUUUAUUGAGUUUUACUAAAGACAUUAUUGAUAAGAAAUGCAUUUAAACUUCAUAUAUGAAUAUAUUUUCUCAGAAUGAGUUUAUAUUUCCUGGAAGCAGGGUCACACGGGGCUGGAAGAGCAGAGAGAGAUGGAGAGAGAAGAACAGAAAAAGAGAGGGGGAGAUUGAUGGAUGGAAAGGGGGAGAGUGAGGGAUGGAGAGAAAUGAAAACAGAGAGGGAGAGAGGGGUAGGGUGAGAGAUGGAGAGAGAGAGAUAAAAACAGAGAGAGAGGGGGAGAGUGAGGGAUGGAGAGAGAGAGGAAGAGAUAAAAAUAGAGAGGGGGAGAGAGAGGAGGUGUGUUAUGUGCUCAGACAAUGUUAUUUCUGCAAUACCGAUGUUUAUGCAGUAUCAUUGUUUACACUCAUACCACCCCUGGAAUUCAGAAAACUGGAAUCACCUGCCUGAGAGUGAUUUACAGUAUACUGUAGCUAACACAGCUACAGCCUCCUGUAUUCUACAGUACCCAGGUCCCUUCUGCUACAGCCUCCUGUAUUCUAGAGUACCCACGUCCAUUCAGCUACAGCCUCCUGUAUUCUACAGUACCCACGUCCAUUCAGCUACAGCCUCCUGUAUUCUAGAGUACCCACGUCCAUUCAGCUACAGCCUCCUGUAUUCUAGAGUACCCACGUCCAUUCAGCUACAGCCUCCUGUAUUCUAGAAUACCCAGGUCCAUUCAGCUACAGCCUCCUGUAUUCUAGAGUACCCACGUCCAUUCAGCUACAGCCUCCUGUAUUCUAGAGUACCCACGUCCAUUCAGCUACAGCCUCCUGUAUUCUACAGUACCCACGUCCAUUCAGCUACAGCCUCCUGUAUUCUACAGUACCCACGUCCAUUCAGCUACAGCCUCCUGUAUUCUACAGUACCCACGUCCAUUCAGCUACAGCCUCCUGUAUUCUACAGUACCCACGUCCAUUCAGCUACAGCCUCCUGUAUUCUAGAGUACCCACGUCCAUUCAGCUACAGCCUCCUGUAUUCUACAGUACCCAUGUCCAUUCAGAUACAGCCUCCUGUAUUCUACAGUACCCACGUCCAUUCAGCUACAGCCUCCUGUAUUCUAGAGUACCCACGUCCAUUCAGCUACAGCCUCCUGUAUUCUAGAGUACCCACGUCCAUUCAUCUACAGCCUCCUGUAUUCUAGAGUACCCACGUCCAUUCUGGGUGUUAUUUGGCCACAGCAGAAAUGAUAUGGUCUAUAUCAGAUUUGUCAAACUCAUUCCACUGAGGGUCGAGUGUCUGUGGGUUUUGUUUUUGUUCCAUUCAAUUAAAACCUAGACAACCAGGUGAAGGGAGAUCCUUACUAAUUAGUGAGCUUAAUUCCUCCAGCAAGGACAAGGGUGGAGCGAAAACCUGCAGCCACUCUGCCCUCCGUGGAAUGAGUUAGACACGUGGUCUGUAUGCUACUGUGUGAAUACUGUAAUGUGGCUUUGUUUGAAUUCCGCCCCGUUUCUCCAUCUCUCAAAGGACGGCAGCCUUUUUAACACUGUAUGAAUACUGGCAGAGCCGUAGCCUAGCCUAUGUAUGGCUUAUGAACCUCUCUCUAUAACACAGGCAUAGGCCUGUAAUAUAUUCAGACGCUUCAUUUCAUUUAAUACGCAUGUUGACUUAAAAAAAAAAAAAGUAUAUUUUUUUCCAGAAAAGUUUUUUUUGUUUUGUUACCUUUUCCACCUGCGGUAAACGUCGAUGCACACAUACAUAUCCAUACACACUUGUCCAUCCAUACGUACACAGUCCAGUUAACAUCCAAGGGCCUUUCUGUGUUGUGUAUGGAGGGAAUCCUAGAUCCUUUCUGUCUCCUUCCCCCGAUGGUGAGCUGUGCUGUUUGGAGAGAGGGCUCCACCUAGAGGCCAAGUGGAGGAAUGACCGGAGUCAGAGACAAGAGGAUACAAACUGUACUCUCACCAAAGUGUCUAGGGUUGCAAAAUUCCCAGUAGCUCUCAAUGAUACUAUGUUUUGGGAGAGACAGGAAUAAUACAGACAGGAUUAGAUCAGCCCACUUUACCCUCCUCUGUUUUAUGUCUUUGGAUGUGCCUAACUUAGAGAGCCAGACUUCCUGUUUAACGUUAACAUGUAAAUGUGAUGCUAGGAGGCCGCUUUCCGGACACAGAUAAAGCCCACUUGGUCCUAUAAGGCUUCUCCAUUGAAAGUGUUUCGUAGUCCAAGACUAGGCUUAAUCUGUGUUGGGGAAACUGGUCCUAUGAUAACCAGGUAUGUGUGUGUGUUUGCCCGUUCAAAGCCUGUCGUGUCUUCACAGACUGACUGCCUCUUCUUCAACUGCUGAUCAGCUGUCUGUUUUCAGACCACAUCACUAGAUCUGUUGUCCAUUAAAAGGUACAUCCCUCCCUCAUGUACAUAACUAGUGUUGACCUGGUACACAGCCUCUUCAGCUGUGGGCUGCCUAUAACAGUCAAACAUACACACAGACACACAGGCACGCACACACACACACACACAGACACACAGGCACACACACACACACACAGGCACACACACACACACACAGGCACACACACACACAAACACACAUCCACACACACACAAACACACAUCCACACACACCCAUGCCGUGACAAUGUUUGUGUUGAUGUUUAUCUCCUGCCUCUGAUGUUUAUAGUGUUGUAGCCUAAUGUUCUGUAAGCUGCAUCCGGAUAGACCUUGUUUUACACAUUAAUAAACACCGUUGAUUUACCAUCAAAA